CCUUUCGUGUUCCCACAAUCCUUUGCGGCACAGCGAUACCACAUAUUUGAUUAAGGAGAAACGUCGCUACGCUGGGAAUCUUGCCAACAGUUCGCAAUAUUAGCCUCCCCGUCAAGAUGAUGUGCGACACCGCAAGCAGAAGUUUUCGGUCGCAGUUAGCCGCUAUCCUGGACAAGCUAACGAAGACGGCUUUGGUUGAAAUAGGCAGCCUAGCUGAUGAAUGCUCAUCCGUCCUUCACACCGAGAUAUCCCUGCACAAGACGGAGAAUGAGGUGUUGAAGAAGAGGUGUUACUCACUGGAGGUCCAGCUGAGAGCAGCCAGGGAGGCACAGUCCUACUCUGCACAUGUCAACAAUGUCAGCCGCCGGCACCUUGCAGAACAGCACCAGCUUGCUCCAGCCAUCGACGGGGUUUUUGGAAAGGACUGGUGCAUGGAUCUGUGGAGAGAAGAUAAAAUCCCCCCUCAAAGAAAAGAGACAGUGGAGCCGGCUGCUAUGACAAGCAUGGGAACACCGGCAAUAGAUUUAAUGGAGAGAGACCCUGAUCUCAUCUUUGUAAAGGAGGAGGCAUAUGAUGAUCAUCCCAUUGGCCUGCAGAUGAGGCUCACCGAUAACAGAAAAGUUGCUGGAAUUUUUGAGGAGGACAGCAUGCUUCAUAGAUCUGUUGAUGAUCUGCAGCUUCACUCAGGGGAAUUAAGCAACUUCUCCAUGACGGCUGACGGUCAAACACAACAACGCACACCACAGCCUACAAUUAUGGACAAGUUAAUAGAUGAUGCAACAAUGAGCACUCUAGUUGACAACACAAAUCCUCCAUCAGCCACUGCUGAAUACUCUGACUAUACGAACAAUAUCCACAUGAACACAACCAAAGAACUCACCCUUCAGCAAAAACCUGUGAAGCCACUAAAACAGUUUCAGUGUUUAUUCUGUGGGAAAACAUUCAACUAUUUGAGCAGUUUAAAAGUCCACAUCAGGCGGCACUCCGGUGAGAAGCCCUUCAGCUGCUCAGUUUGCGGGAAGCGGUUUGCACAGAAAACAUACCUGAAACUGCACCAGCGCGUGCACUCGGGGGAGAAGCCUUACAGCUGUCCAGACUGCGGCAAAAGCUUUUCCCAGAAAAGCUCUUUGAACAUACAUCUUCGAACACACACCGGGGAAAAGCCUUAUAGCUGUGUGGAUUGUGGGAAAUGUUACGCAUACAAGUAUGGUUUGAAUCACCACCAGUGUUUCAAUUGACUGGUCAAACCACAUGGUUAUUGGUUAGAAGUCUAACUCUGAUCAGAACUGUCACUUCUUCUACUAAAGUGCUCUCUUUGUUGCUCAAAGUGGCUCAACGUGUGCCAAAAUGUCUAUACGAAACUAAAACGUGGAUGAAAAAUGUAGAUUUGAACUAUUCCAGCCUAGAUAAAAGAAAAGCUAAUUUUAUAGCCUACGUGGUUAACAGCUCUGCUGUAAAGUCUUAGCUUAUUUGAUGUGUUUUUAGCUUUAUUGCUAAGAGAAAUGUUGCAGCAGCCAAAAAAGAUUACAAAGAAUAACUGUCCUUUCUGGUGUACCAUUUGAAUUGGUGGGAUUAUGUUUAUUUGAUUGGUUAGGGGGUUUAUUGAGAUGUUUGAUACUCUUAACAAGCCUUUAAAAGGUACAAUGUAUAAUUCCUGGCCACAUGCCCCAAACAAAUUGCAGUGAUACUAUUUCUAAUAGUUCUGGUGGAUGGCCAGAUGGCAACAUUUCAUCAUGUGGAGGAAAAAAUCAGGGGAAUUGAAACUUCAUGAGGACAGAGUGGAGAGGGACAGAGAAGUCAAAAGGGUUGGAAAGCAUGGGAUGCAUAACUUAAACAUUGAUCAGAAUCAUAUCAUUUAUAUUGUGUAUAUAGAUUAUCAGUGUGAUUCUUGCCAUAUUAGCUCGAGAUUGAAUGUAUUAAACUAAAAUUCUGGCCAUAUCUUA